GUCCGGGAUCCGGCUGCCCGGCGCCCACCACACCCGCAUGUCCAUCGCAGCCGAGCUUCCGCACGCAGGACGGCUCCUGUAACAACCCGGAGAACCGGCAACUGGGCAUGGCUGGCCAGCCGCUGCUCCGCCUGCUGCCCAGUCGGUACGAUGACGGCGUGUUCGAGCCGCGCUCGCGCUCCGCCGCCGGCGGCCAGCUGCCGUCGGCCCGCGUCGUCAGCCAGGCGGUGACUCGCAGCGAGGACGUGCCCGACGCCCGCUUCACGCUCUCCGUGAUGCAGUGGGGCCAGUUCGUCGACCACGACCUGAUGCUGACGCCGCACUUCUCGCUGGACGGCGGCGCCGGCAUCGCCUGCUGCACGGACGCCGGACUGCCGCUGCCGGCGCAGCAGCUGCACCCGCAGUGUCUGCCGAUCACCAUCCCAACGACCGAUCCGUUCUACGGGCCGCUGGGCCAGGCCUGCAUGGACUUCGUGCGCUCGCUGCCGGCGCCGGCGCCGACGUGCGGCGCGACGCGCGACGCGCAGCAGCAGAACGUCCUCUCCCACUUCCUGGACGGCUCGAACGUGUACGGUUCGGAAGAGGCGCACCAGCGCCACCUGCGCCAGCUGGGCGGCGGCUGGCUGCGUACUCAGCCGGGCAGCCUGCUGCCGGCCGACUCCCAGGGCGGCGGCUGCAUCAACGCCACCACCGUCUGCUUCGAGGCGGGCGAUGUGCGCGUCAACGAGCAGAUCAGCCUGACGGUGACGCACACCAUCUGGAUGCGCCAGCACAACCGCGUGGCGUCGGCGCUGGCGGCGCGGCACACAACCUGGGACGACGAGCGGCUCUUCCAGGAGGCGCGGCGCAUUGUCGUCGCCCAGAUGCAGCACAUCACCUACAACGAAUGGCUGCCGACGCUGCUCGACGCCGACUUCCUAACCCGCAACGAGUUGCUGCCGGGCACCGGCACUGCCCACUCGGAGAAGUACAUGUCGACGCUGAACCCGUCCAUCAGCAACGAGUUCGCCACGGCCGCGUUCCGCUUCGGCCACAGCAUGGUGUCCGGCACGCUCAAAAUGUUCAGCGCGCUGGGCGGCAGCGCGACCAGCGUACUGCUGCGCGACUUCUUCUUCGAUCCACACCUGCUCUACUCGUCUGAGCGGCUCAACGAGCUGGCACGAGGCCUGGUCGCGCAGCAGGCGCAGGCGCUGGACGGCUACUUCGCCGAGGACCUCACCGAACACCUGUUCCAGGGCGACGGCGACGCGUACGGGCUCGACCUGGUGGCGCUUAAUAUCCAGCGCGGCCGCGACCACGGCCUGGCCACGUACAACGACGCGCGUGCCGCGGCCGGUCUGCCGCGCGCCCAGCGCUGGGAGGACCUGAGCUCCGACCUGCCCGAUGAGGCGAUCACCGCCCUGCGCGCCGCCUACGGACACGUCGACGACGUGGACAUGUUCGUUGGCGGCGUCCUGGAGCGGCCGCUGCCGGGCGUGGCGCUGGGCCGCACCUUCGGCCGUCUCAUUGGUGACCAGUUCAUCCGACUGCGCCACGGCGACAACUUCUUCUACGACCUGGGCGGCGACCGGCCGUGGCAGCUGACCGGGGCGCAGCUGGCUCAGGUGCGCCGCACCAGCUGGGCGCGCGUGCUCUGCGACAACGUGGACGGCAUCACGCGCGUUCAGCCGCUGGCCUUCCGCGUGGCCGACACCGCCGCCAACGCCGUCACCGACUGCGACAGCCGGGCCAUCCCGACCGUCGACCUCAGCCAGUGGUAGCGCCGCCGCCAACGCCGCGCGACGCUGGCCGGACGCCGCCCGUGACAGCCGCGGCACGCGCCGCUCUGCUCGGUGCCAUUUUCGGCUCGUCGUGCGCAGGGCAGACGACACUGUUCCGAAGCGCAAGCCUAAAUUUUCGGGGUACGGACAUGUGCGUGGAUUGUGCAUGCGUUCUGACUUAACAGCCCACGGGCAUUGUCUUCGACUUUGGGGAUUUUAAUUUGACUUUCUGUGGCAAGUUUGCACCCAACAUAAUUUCAUUCACACGUGAUAAGACAACCACAAAGACUCCUGACACUCCAGCUAAAAUUACAGUAGAAAGUAUGAGUGAAAAUGUGGAUGUAAAAGAUGCUACUAAAUGGUACUAACAAUAAAUGGCACAACUGGGACAAGUUUGUUUUACAAAGACUGUGCAGUGAUUGUGGGAACAGACAAACCAUAUCAUAGGUCACUGCUGACUGUCGUGAAACCGCCUCCUACGUCAUUUUUGGAAUAAUGCUUUCAGGGUUUUGCAUGAUCGCAUUGCAUCCAAAAAGUGAACACGAGAGUCUGCUGCAACGUUUUCUCUUCACAGAGUGAGAUAAGGUUAGAAUACAAAUGUCAAUGUUCUGUACAGACCUUGUAGCAUUUCAGCUUGGCUCAAAUCACUAUGGCCUGACUCACAAUGGCUUGCCGCUGGGCGGGGCCUAAGUUCUGUUUAUUGCCGGGACCCGUGCAGCCUGGAGCCCCUCUUCCAGCUUUGCCAGGCUGUUAACAGUAGCCGACCGACGUGGCAGGCUCAUAUUUAUUCAACGUUUUGCUUUCAUCUCGGUAGAUGCAAACAGCCGUUCUGGUAGUUUUUCAUCUGGCAGCUAUAUAUUUCAAAUGGCACAACAAAGGCUAACUGGGCCAAUUUCACCCUUCACUAGAGUACAAAUCAAACACUAAACAGCACUAUGUUUCAAAAAUUGUGCUCCUUGUUGCUGAAAACUACUCAGUCCAUGAUGAGUGGAUGCAGCACUGAUAGCUUCUGGUGUACCAUACAAUGUACUCUGGCCAGACUGAUUUGACACCACAGUUCAUGUGAGGCCCCACUCAGCCCCAGAUGUCAUAUAUCAGCUGUUGCAAACCUUUAG